AUGUUACUUGUGGGAUUGUGGGGGGGACCAAGCAGCACCAGUGUGAAUCCAACACAGCUACACAAACUGCAAUCUGAAGUGUAUGGCCCAAGUCAUCGCCUUAGUCUUGUGCUGGGCCCUGCAGGGGCCUGGCUUCUGCACACAGCAACUGGGCCUUGUACAAGGGCUCCCACUACAGGCCUUGGAAAGGGGCUUGGACUUGGAAGGUCCUGCAAAAGGGCUGGCAAUGGAACCAAAAGAGGAGCCAGAGCUGACCUGGCUGCAGAAGAAAAGAAGGAGCCUGCCAAAAAGGAUGGCAAGCAUGAGCAGAAAAAUGAAUGGUGGGAGGAGGACUGGAAAAAAGGUGGUAAAAAGUGGGAUGACUGGUGGGAAGAAAAAGAGGAGCAAUGGCAAGCAUGGUCCAAAAACCAGAGGUGGGAACCAGAUGGUGAGGAUACAGAAGAGGAGGAAGUGCCUUCCAGCAGCACCCAGAAGAAAAACAAAUGUGGCUCACAGAAAGAAAGGGCCAAGAGAAGGUGGCUCAUGAAAACCUGCAAGAAUGAGAGCCAAGAGGAAAAGGAGAAGCUGGGUGCCUUGGGAGCAUGCAGGCUGAAAAGGCUCCUGGACAGGCAAGAAGACAGGAAAAACAAGCUGGAAGCAGCCCAGCUGGCACAGGCAGCAGCAGGAAAUGCUGCAGCUGCUGCCCAAGCUGCCCAGGCUGCAGCUGCAUCUGCCCAAUGGCAACAAUGGCAGAUGCAGCAGGCCCAGCUGGUGGAAGCCCAAGCCAUGUGGCACCACCAUGCCUACUACCAAGGUCAAGGUGGCCAGCCACACCAAUGGGGCUGGCACCACCAGACCAUGGAGCAGCCUGACCAGUGGCCACUGGCAGUGCUGCAGCUGGUGCUGGUGCAAAAGGAGGAGGGGGGAUCCCAGGGGCCAGCCCCAGCACAGCCUGGGAGAAAAGGCCAAGGCAAGACUGCCAGGCCAAAGAGGGCAACACACCCACCAGCUGACCUGCAUGGCAAGAGGGCUGAAGCUGCAGGGGCACUGGAUGGGAUUGAAGUGAAGGAUGAGGAGUCCUCUGAUGGCUGGCAUGAGGUGAAGCCCAAGGGAAGAAAGCAAAAGAAGUGGUUUUUUGGCCUUGAGAGAGGGCUACCCAAGAUGGCACCCAAAAAGGUCAUGAAGGUGCUGAACUUGAAGUUAAAAAGGCCUGCAAGUGCCUUAGACCAGCUGAAGAAAGAUGAAGGAGAGGGAAUGAGCUUGGAAGACAAGAUGGCUGCCUUUCAGAAGAAAGGCAACCAGGAUGUGGGGCAGUUCCUGGACACCCUGACAAAAGGUCAGAGGGAAGCACUGUGGCAGAGGUUCUCCUCUGCCAGAGCCAGCAUGAAGGACAAGGAGUGUGAUACCCUAUGGCAGGAAGUGGCCAAAGGAAAAGGCAGUGACCCAGCAAAGAAGAAGCUUUUGGGCUGCUUCUUGAAGCUGGGAGGAGACCUGAAGGGGAAAAGGGAGGUGUACCUCCAGGAGCUGGUGUCUUACACCAAAAGCUCUGGUGCCUUGGUUGCUUGUGGCUGCUCCUUCCACCUGGUAAAGAGAGGCAGCAUAGGUGUCAGAAAAGACCCUGCUGACCCUGCUGAGUGGCAGUUCACCUUGAGGAAAAUAAUCACAUGGACUGAAGAGAAAAGCCAGCAUGAACUAAAAGGUGAAGCAAAGGCCAAAGGAGAAGCCUGUCAGUGGCUGGAGCUCAAAGCCCAAGGCCUUCUGGCAGAUGGGGAAGGGCCUGCUGCAAGCUCCAAGGCUGCCAAAGCUUUGGAGGAUGUGCUGAGCAAAGACAAAAGCAAGUUGGCAAUCAUGGACAAGCAGUCUGGGCAAGCAAGUGAAGAAGAGGCAGCAGCCAGCCCUAAGAAAGAUGAGGAUGAUCAGGUGGUGGAAGCUGACCUUCUCUCUGAGAUGGGAAGCAAAGUUGCUAAGGAAGAGGCCCAAGUGAGGGUGAAGAGAAUGAUGAAGCUCCUGAAAGGAGUGAAGAAGGAGGUUGGUGCAGCAAAGGCUAAGUCUUUGGACCUGUGCCUGGCUGACCUUCAGAAGCUGGACAAGAAAGGGAAAAAGGUCAGCCUGGAAGAAGCCAAAGGGAAGCUGUUUGAUGCUGCCCUGCAGAUCAAGAAGGGCCCUUCUGUUCAACACCUUGCUUUGGCUGCUGUGAAGUCUGGUGCUGCAACAGAUGACAUCCAAGUCUUGGCCAGCCUGGGAAACUUUGGCAGGAAUGAAAACCAUGUGGCAGGACAAAUCACUUCAAGGUUUUGCAAAAAUGAUUCCUUGGACCUCCCUGUGCCUUACUGCUUUGAAGCUCCAGUCUUGAAGAAAGGCACAGACAGCUGGUACCUAGCAAAUCAGACUUUGGCAGUGUUCUUGCCCCAUGAAUGGUUCUGUUGGGUGGAACAUCAUGACAAUGUUUCUGGCUUUUCUGGGUUGCAGAGCUUUUGGGAUGAGCAUGAUGCUGCUGAUCCAAAGCUGUGCAAGAAUCCCAUGAAGGGCAGCAGGCACCUGUACCUGCCUCUGGUCAUUGAUGGGGAUGGUGGUCAAUUUCAAAAGUGGGAUUCAACCACUAUCAUCUCAAUGAGAUCACUCCUAUCAGCUGACAAUGUUGCAUCCAGCCAAAUGCUCCUAGCAGCUAUCCCCAAGGGCUGCCAGCACAAGAGUGAAAACCCAGAUGAAGACACCAUGACAGUGGUUUGGAAAGUGCUUGCUUGGUCAUUCCAGCAUCUCUAUUAUGGCAAAUUUCCAGAAUUUGACCAUUUGGGGAAACCAUGGCCUGCAAAAACAAAGAGGGCAGACCAAAGUGGCUCCCAUCUGUGGACACAGAGGGUCAGAGGCUGCUUGUUCUGUGUCACUGCAGAUGGGGAGUUCCUGCAAAAUGAACUCAAGCUGCCUGGGCACAGCCACAACUCCUGCUGCUUUUCUUGCCAAGCAAACAAGAGCGACAUACCUCACAAUGACUUUAGAGCUACAGCAAAGUGGAGAUCUACCUUGACCAAGCCUGGGACACCUCUUCCUGGUGGCCAUCCUCUUGGUGCAGUACCUGGCCUGAAUACAUUCAGUGUCCACUAUGAUACUUUGCACUGCCUGGAAGAAGGGGUGGCGGCACAUGCCCUGGCCAACACCUUCUUUGACCUAGUUGUGAGAGGCCAUGCUGGAGCUGGGACCCAGGAUCAAAACCUCCAGGCUGUCUACAGGCAGAUCAGGCAACAGUACUUGGAACAAGGCAUAGAUGCCAGCCACAGGAUUAAAAAAUUGAGCCUCACAAAUUUUUCAGCCAGGGAGAAGAAGUAUGAAAAGUUUCCUGAUUUAACAGGAUUCAAGGCAAAGCAGAUUCGCUACCUUGCGCCCGUGAUGGCAGAGAUUCUGCAGUUCUACACUGAUGAGGAUGAUGCCUAUAGCCUCCAUAGGCUCCAAUGCUUACAGAACUUGAACAGCAUGUAUGAGCUCAUGGACUGUGGCCUUCACAUGGGCAAGGAGAGCAUCUUGCAGUUCAAAAAAGUUACAGACCUGUGUCUUCUUCACUUUGCAAGGUGUGCAAAGCUGGCUAUGGAAGCUGGGUUGCUCCAAUGGAACCUGAUCCACAAGCACCACCUUGUUGCCCACAUGCCUGCUCAAGCUGCCUAUUUGAACCCAAAGCUGGUCUCAACAUACUCAGGUGAAACAAUGGUGGGAUUUAUGGCCAGCCUGGCCCAUGCCUGUCUGAAUGGAAGUCCUCCCCACUUGGUACCUGAAAAAGUCCUGUGGAGGUUCAGGUUGGGAAUGUGGCUGAAAUACAUCCAUGGAUCAGAAACUUUGGAGUCUGAGAGCAGCAGUGGUGAGUAG